AUGGCAGAAGAGGAAGGCUUCAACCCGGAAAAUGUCUUGGCGGCCAUGAGAGCCCAUGCCAACCAACCACAAGAUAUAGUCGAUCCCACCAUGCAAUUGACUGUCGCCGAAGUGGAUCGAGCACGACAAGUCAAGGCGGCUGUGGAAGCCAUUCCGGGAUUACACUCGCUGUCCGAUUUCGAUAUUGUGCAAUAUGCACUGUGUGCAGUCGACGAAACCAUGGAUCAAAUCUGUCAUCGCGUUCAUUGUCAACAAGCGUUUCGACAACAAUACCAAAUUGACGAUACGGCCGCACAAGGAGUGGCACUCUUUUCCCAAAUGACACUCCAACAUCCCGGCAUGUUUCUCGCCGCCGAUUAUUUGGCCUCCAGUGAAGGCUACAUGUGCAUUGUCGAUCACGCCAAAUUUUUUCCACCGAAAACAGACGCCCAAAUUCGCAUUCACAUGGCGGGCACUUUCUAUCUCAAUCAAGCACUCAACCCCACAUUUCGUGCCAUGCGCAAUGGCACCACGUCCAUGAUUGAAUGCAGUGGCGCGUCCUUUGACAAUAUGGAUCUGAAGUAUAUGGAAAAAUUCGCCGUCGAAUUCUUUAGUCAUUAUCCUCAAAAAGCCAAGGAAAAGUUUUUUAGCAGUGCCGAAAGCAGUAUUACCAUGCUAUUUGCAUUGUGGAAUCGAUUCUUGCCCGCCAGUAUUCGAGAAAAGAUUCAUUUGGGAGGAGAACUUUCGGGUAUGGAUGGACAGAGAAUUGAUGUCUUUUACAAACAACCCACACCCGAAAUUGCGCGCGACCGAUUGUGUCGCAAAGUACUCCAUUUGCUGACGCGCCGAUACGACAAUCAAGCCAACUUUUCCUUGUCCAAACCAAGUGUCAUGGAUGGCUAG